UCUGGUGAAGAGAGUGAACGGCCUCCAUUUAAUCUCAACCUUGCUGUUGUUCUCGCUGGGUUUGCAUUUGAAGCUUAUGCUAGUCCUCCGAAAAAUGUUGGGUGGAGAGAGAUAGAUGCAGCUGAUUGCCAGACAGUGUUUCUUUCUGAGUUGAGUGUUGUGCAUUCACUGCUUGUUAUCUUGGUUUUGUUAUCAUCUUAGCAUUGUCUCUUCUUCUAUUCUGUAUAUUGGUGAAUUUCAGAAUCGUUUGUCGGUAUCGUUAUACUGACUACAUCUUGAAGUGUUGCUAUUAAUGUAUAUUAGGAGCAAGAAGGAUUUGAAUAAAUCCAUAAGAGAUGUAGAAUAGAAUUGUGGAAUACAUGAUAGAAAAAAUGGGGAAAACCAAAGUAUUGUCUUUGAGUAAAUUGUCUUAUAAUGGAAAAACUCAAAAUUUCAGUAAUAUACUCAUACAUUCGUCCAAGCGGUGCUUGGCCGUACUAAUUCCAUUGGAAUAUGUAAAUACAGGCGGUCUGUUUCAUUAUAUGAUAGAAGGUUGAUUCUCAGAUAGUUGAUGCUUUUGUAGGAGGUUCCUUCGUGAAGUAUAUGAUGGACAGCUCUUUGUUAAGAUAAAAAGAGGCAUGGACUUCCCUGCCAUGGACCCGGUACAAGUGAUCCAUAUGUAGUCCUGCAAUUAGACAGUCAGGUUGCAAAAACCAAGGUUAAAUGGGGGACAAAAGAGCCAAUAUGGGAUGAAGAGUUUACUUUAAAUAUCAAAGUGGCCCAGGAAAAAUUUAUGCAGGUUGCUGCUUGGGAUGCGAACCUUGUUACCCCACACAAAAGAAUGGGUAAUGCAGGGGUUAAUUUAGCGUCACUUUGUGAUGGAGAUGCACAUGAGGUGAUGGUGGAAUUGGAGUGCAUUGGAGGAGGCGGAAAAGUGUAUUUAGAAGUCAAAUAUAAGAGCUAUGAUGAUAUUAUUAAAGAGAAAGAAUGGUGGCGGAUACCUUUUGUCUCCGAUUUUUUUAUGAAGGCCAAUUUAGCUUCUGCUUUACAAAUGGCUUUUGGAUCUGAAAGUGUGAAUGCCCGUCAAUUUGUAGAGUCUGCAUUUGGGCAGCUGAAAUCAUUUAACUAUUCUCACCUUCCAAAGUUUCCUUCUAGUAGCAAUGGCAAUGUGGGUGAAGGCUCGGAAGGACCUGUAGGCUUAAUUACUGGCACAAAUCAAUUUAUGCAACAAGAGAGUAACCAGAAAUCCUCUGAAUGUGACCCAAGCAUUGAGCAAGAGAAUACCUCGCCCACCUCUUCUGUUGAUCCUAAUAGAAAUGGUCCAUUCAGAAGUGAUGAAUCCACUCAAGGAGACAAGUAUUUCUGGAAAAUGUUUGCUGAUAUUAUCAGCCAAAAUGUUCUUCAAAAGCUCGGUUUUUCUCUUCCUGAGAUUCCUAAAUGGGAUGGGUUUGAUUUGCUAAAUAAGAUGAAUGCUCAUUCACAAAAGAUUGCUGAAGAAGGAUAUAUUGAAUCUGGACUAGCAACACCAGGAUCUAAGAAUGAUGAUGUCAACAGUGAGGAAACAACAUCUGCAUCAAACGAGAAUGUCUCAUCACCUUCGGAUAUCAAAAAGGCAUCUCGUGACAUCCUAAAUCAAACAGAUGCUAUUUUUGGUGCAUUAAUGGUUCUUACUUCAGCACUCUCUCAGCAGAAAAAGGAUGGUUCUUCAUUUCUUGGUGUGAAUAAAGAUAAUGCUUCUGCAAUAGAAUCAGGAAACAAGAACGAAAUCUCCAUGAAUGAAAAAGGAGAUGUUGCUGAAGAAAGAUUUGUAUUUCAGAAUCAGGAGGCAGAACAGAUGAGAGAGCUGUUUUCUAGUGCUGAAAGUGCCAUGGAGGCUUGGGCAAUGCUUGCUACGUCAUUGGGUUGUACAAGCUUUAUAAAAUCAGAAUUUGAAAAGAUAUGUUUUCUUGAUAACAAUUCCACUGAUACACAGGUAGCCAUUUGGCGUGAUUCCCUGCAGAGAAGACUAGUGGUUGCCUUCAGAGGUACUGAGCAAGCCAGAUGGAAGGAUUUACGAACGGAUCUAAUGCUCCUUCCUGCAGGGCUGAAUCCUGAGAGGUUAGGUGGAGACUUCAAACAAGAAAUGCAGGUUCAUAGUGGAUUCUUGAGUGCUUAUGAUUCAGUGAGGAAUAGGAUCUUGACUCUCAUCAAAGCUUCAAUUGGUUCUUUUGCAGAAGAUGAUCCAAAAAGCUCGCUCAAGUGGCAGGUCUACGUUACUGGACAUAGUUUAGGCGGUGCAUUAGCUACACUUCUGGCUCUCGAACUCUCAUCCACUCAAAUGGCCAAGAGUGGCUUGAUAUCUGUCACCAUGUACAACUUCGGUUCACCACGAGUAGGGAAUAAAAGAUUUGCAGAGGUGUAUAACCAGAAAGUAAAAGAUAGCUGGAGAGUUGUUAAUCACAGAGAUAUAAUACCAACAGUUCCUCGGCUUAUGGGUUACUGUCAUGUUGCACAACCUGUUUAUCUUGCAGCUGGUGAUUUGAGAGAAGCAUUGGAAAAUAUGGAGUUUAUGGGAGAUGGAUAUCAGGUAGAUGUGAUCGGAGAGUCAACACCUGAUGUUCUUGUUAGCGAAUUUAUGAAAGGCGAGAAGCAGCUCAUCGAGAAAGUAAUGCAAACCGAGAUAAGUCUUCUUCGCUCCAUCAGAGAUGGAACCGCACUUAUGCAACAUAUGGAAGACUUCUAUUAUGUUACUCUUCUCGAGAGUGUCAGAUCGAAUUAUAAAAGGGCUAAUAGUUCGCAAUUAGACGAGGGUGGUUACUCGUCGGCGUAGCCAGUGGCUCAUGGGUCAAUGUGAUGUUAUCAACCUUCUUCAAAUGUUCAUCAAUAUUUAGAGUGAACAUGGUGAAUUGUCAACCAAAGUCAAGAAUGACAUCAAUGAUGAUGAAGAAGAAGUAAUGUGAAUGUUUUUCAAAGUUGAUCUGUGACAAGAUGAUAGCCUUGAAGUAAAAGCACCAAAAAAUUAAGAUCUAAACUCAAAAGGAAAAAUACAUUGAAACAUGCAGCAUGGAUUUGUACUUUACACUAAAUCUUGAUUGUUCUUGUAGCAUCAGAAACAUUACGCAGCACACAAAGGUACUAAUAAAUCUGUUAAAAAUAUUAAGUCGAAAAAUGAUGAUGAUGACGAUGAAGUAAUGUAAAUGUUUUGCGAAGUUUCGGUGACAAGAUGAUAGCCUUCAAAUGAAA